GCCGUGGCUAUGCUCAGACACCGGAUGUAGUCACGUGACACAGGAAACGGUCGCUGCAGUCGUCCUGCUGUAACCUGAGCUGCUGAUUGAGCGUGAGUUCCUGUCUGCCUCGGGCCACCAUGUCUCGUUCCCGUCAGCCCCCGCUGGUCACGGGCAUCUCGCCCAAGGAGGGCGCGGCCUGGACCAAGGUCACCAUCCGUGGAGAGAACCUGGGCACGGGCUCGACCGACCUCAUCGCUCUGUCGAUAUGCGGCCACAACUGCCUGCUGACAGCCGAGUGGAUGUCAGCCAGUAAGAUAGUGUGCCGCGUGGGGCCUGCCAAAGACGACAAGGGAGAAAUCAUCGUCACCACCAAGUCCGGAGGUCUCGGCACCUCCACGGUCUCUUUCAAGCUGAUCAGACCGGAGAGGAUUGGUAUCCUGGACCAGUCUGCAGUGUGGGUGGACGAGAUGAACUACUACGACAUGAGGACUGACCGCAACAAAGGCAUCUCCCCGCUCUCCCUGAGACCCAGCAAUCCACUGGGCAUCGACAUAGACAAAGGUAAAUUCCCUCAGAAAGACAUGGAGCUGACAUUUCCCGGAAUGAGCGGAGACUUCACCAGUGAGAACUUCUCUGCCACCUGGUACCUCAUAGAGAACCAUGCAGGAUCCAGUUUUGAGCAGCUGAAGUUUGCAUCCAGUAAUCUGAAGAAGCAGGCUACGAAGAAGAACGAGGGGAGUCUGGCCUACGUGAAAGGAGGCCUCAGUACCUUCUUUGAGGCCCAGGACGCUCUGGCAGCGAUCCACCAGAGGCUGGAGUCUGAUGGGACGGAGAGAGUGGAGGGAUCGAUGACCCAGCGUCUGGAAAACAUCCUCAACAGAGCGAGUGAUACCGCAGAUACUCUCUUCCAGGAGGUGCUGGGGCGGAAAGACAAAGCUGACUCCACACGCAAUGCUCUCAACGUCCUGCAACGUUUCAAGUUUCUCUUCAACCUGCCACUCAACAUUGAACGCAAUAUCCAAAAGGGUGAUUAUGAUGUUGUGAUCAACGACUACGAGAAAGCCAAAUCUCUCUUUGGCAACACCGAGGUCCCCGUUUUCAAAAAAGUGUACGCCGAGGUGGAGACGAGGAUCACAGCUCUGAGGAGCCUCUUAUUGGAGAAACUGCUGCAGACUCCGUCAACACUGCACGACCAGAAGAGAUACAUCAGGUACCUGUCUGACCUGCACGCUCCAGGCGACCCGGCAUGGCAGUGCAUCUACGCUCAGCACAAGUGGAUCCUGCAGCUCAUGCAAAGCUGCAGAGAUGAGUUCAUCAGUGGCCAGAGAGAAGGUAUCGGAGCCUCAGGCCUGGAGGGGGAUACCCGUCCGUCAGCCCUCAGCAGACUCGGGCACACGGCUUCUCUGAAGAGAGGGGGCAGCCUGCGAACACCACGACCCAGCACCUGGCGGUUCGAGACCCCGCAGCAGGUGCAGUUUGUGGAGAAGCUGUCCGACGUGGUGAUCGGUCAGCUGCCAAACUUCUGGAAGCUCUGGAUCUCUUAUGUCAAUGGAAGUCUGUUCAGUGAGACUGGAGAGAAAUCUGGACAGGUCGAAAAAUCCAAGAAGAAUGCCCGACAGAGACAGAACGACUUUAAAAAAAUGAUUGAGGAGAUGACCCAUCGGCUGGUGAAGCUGGUGCGUGGGGCCCUGCUCCCCUCCACCCUGCCACAGGGGGAGCUGAAUCUGUACGGAGGCUGGGAGAACAAGACCGAGCUCACUGGAAACUGGCUGACGCAAAUCAUCCACACCGUCAGGGCUUGUCACGAGGCUCUGUCUGCUCUGGAGAUCCCUAACGAUUUGCUGCAGGUAAUCCAGGAUCUGCUGCUGGAUCUGAGGGUCCACACCCUCAUGGUGACUCUGCUGCACACGACAGAAGAUGUCAAGAGGCUGGCAGAGAAGGAGGACUGGGUCGUAGAUAAUGAAGGCAUCACCAGUUUGCCUGCACAGUUUGAACAGUGUAUGAUCCAGAUGCUGCAGUCACUCAAAGAGCCGCUGGAAAUCAAAGCCGGAGAAAUCAAUGUGCUGCAGUUGGACCAGGUCCAGGACCAAGCUACAGAGCUCAGCGUGGGCAUCAUGAAGGUUUUCAUCAACUGUCUGGAGCAGCUGAGCAACAAGACAGACAGAGACGUUGACACAUCUCUCAACAUGUCGGUGGACCUGUCCUCUCCGGAUCGGUUUCCUGGGGUUCAAGAAGGCUUCAGUCCGACAUCUGAGCAGCGCUUACUCAUCAUCCUCAGUAACUGCCAAUACCUGGAGAGACACACCUUCCUCAACCUGGCCGAUCACUUUGAGAAACACAACCUCACGGGCACCGAGAAGAUCACACGGGUGAGUGUGGACGCCGUGCGAGAGCUGGACAGACAGCUGUUUGACGCCUACAUCGAGCAACGAGCCGACCCCAUCGCAGGCUCUCUGGAGCCCGGGAUCUACGCCGGCUACUUUGACUGGAGGGACUGUCAGACGCCAACAGGUGUGAGGAACUACCUGAAGGAAGCUCUGGUCAACAUCAUCACAGUUCAUGCUGAGGUCUUCACGGUCUCCAAGGACCUGGUUCCUCGGGUUUUGUCUAGAAUUGUGGAGGCAGUUGCGGAUGAGAUGUGUCGUCUUAUGCAAUGUGUGUCCUCCUUCAGCAAAAACGGAGCCCUGCAGGCUCGACUUGAACUUUGUGCCCUGAGAGACGCCAUAGCUGCAUUCCUGAGCACUGAAAGCAACGCCAGCUUCAAACUGGCGUUGGAGGGCCUUCCUCAGCUGCACAGCGGAGCCGAUAAAAAGUUGUUGGAGGAGCUGCUGAACAAGUUUAAAAGCAGCAUGCAGCUCCAGCUCACCUGCUUCCAGCCGUCCUGCAUCCAGCCUGUUAAGAGAUAAACUCACCCUCCUAUAUCUACUACUACUACUCUCUCUCUCUCUCUCUCUCUCUCUCUCUGUGCAACCUCAUCUGCAUCUUCAUCUCUUAUCACUGCAUUGUUCACUCAUCAUUUUUUUUGUGUCACUUUCAAUUUCUGCCUCACUGGCUAAGACACAAAUCUUAUCUGAUCUGAAAGAAUCUGAAUGAGUGGAUUUCAUUGUUACUGUGUAGGACAGUCCCAGUGGUGUGGGUUAUGCUAAUGACAUGCAGCCACUCAUGCAGCUAACAGACCGUUAUUAAACAGCUAACAGGCUUCUGGGUCAGCAUUGUGAUCCACUCUUUCUGCUCAGACUGAACCCAGUCACAUUAGUACGUAUUGAACAUUUAAAGUUGCUGUUCCUGUUUUGUACUCCAUCUCUAACGCUAAAUAAAGUGAGAAAGUUA